UUUGAAGAACCAAAACUAGUGAAAGAGACAAGUAAAUUGAAUCAGUAAUUCUUAUUUUAAUAACUAUAAUUAUAUUAGACUAUAUUUUUUGAUUUUUACAAUUUAAAAAUUUGUUUAUCGUUUAACUUAAGCAAAAUGAUUAAGCCUGGUUUAAAACCAAUCCAACAAUUGCGUUUGCCACCUCUACCCACGAUCAAGGACAUUAUCAAGUUGUACAAGCUUCGGGCACUGAAGCAGCUUUCCCAGAACUUCCUGUUGGACUCUCGGAUAACAAACAAGAUUGUGAAAGCUGCAGGGCCCCUCCAAGGGGGUGAGGUGAUGGAAGUAGGCCCUGGCCCUGGAGGUAUUACAAGAUCUAUUCUCGCAAAAAAUCCCAGCAAAGUCAUUCUUGUUGAGAAAGAUGCUCGAUUUCUACCUGCCUUAGAGAUGCUUGCGGAGGCUGCACCAUGCCCAGUGUCAGUGUAUCGAGGGGACGUCCUCACCUUCAACAUGGAGGAGAUGUUCAACAAGGAGUUGCGGCACGAAUGGAGUGAAAGACCUCCCAACAUCCAUCUCAUAGGGAAUCUACCAUUCAGUGUGGCCACCAGGCUCAUCAUAUUGUGGCUGCAAGAUAUCAGUCAGAGGAAAAAUGCGUGGAAGUUUGGUAGAGUUCCGAUGACUCUGACAUUUCAACAAGAGGUGGCAGAAAGGAUGGCAGCUCCGGUGAUGACAUCACAACGCUGCAGGCUGAGCAUCAUGUGUCAGAACUGGUGCCAUGUACAUCAUAAAUUCAACAUACCAGGCUCAGCGUUCCUGCCCAAACCGGACGUGAAUGUUGGGGUGGUACACCUGGUGCCUUGUGAGAACCCGAUCAUCGAUUUGCCGUUUGAACUGGUGGAGAAAGUGGUCCGUUGCGUGUUCUCCUUCCGUCAGAAGUACUGCGUCAGGGGCGUGGAGACACUGUUCCCCAGUGGAAGUUGGGAGCGACUUAUACCGGAGAUGAUGGAUAGGGCUGAGGUAAAUCCUAAAUCUCGACCUUUCCAGCUGACUCUACCCGAGUUUGGCCGGCUGUGUCAUGUCUACGCGGAGAUCAUACGACGAGAGCCGACUCUAGCGCGUUACAACAACAGGAAGGCCAAGGUCGAAGACACAGAAGAGGAGGAAGAAGAUGAUGAUGGGGCAGCAGAGGCCAUUGAACGACUUUAGUGUAUAUAUUGUAUAGUUAGUGUUGUCGUAUAUAAAUAAUCAUUACAAAUA